AUGUCGGAACGAAAGUCCACGCGCGUGAAGACCGUGGCCAAGGCGCUCAAGCGCGUGGACGAGGACACGCGCAGACAGGUCGCCGCGGCUCGGCUCGACGCGCUCGAGAACGACAACGCGGACGCGGAGGACGGCGCCGGCAGCGACAGCGAGUACGAACUCGAGGAGGCGGACGCGGUGGGCGUCGUCCUGAAGAAAAAGGGAAGCAAAGGGGGGCUCGCGUCGUCCGCGGGGAAGCGAAAGACGCGCGGCGCCGCGCAAGCGAAGCGAGGGCCGCGGUCGUUCGCCGGCGCGCUCGACGUCGCGAUGUUAGACCGCGUGCCGGCGUCGAUACCGACGUAUCUCACCGCCGCCGCGGCGCCGGGGAGGACGUCCGCGCCGAGGAAGUUUUGCAGCGUGUGCGGGUUCGUGUCCAAGUACAGCUGCGCGCGGUGCGGGAUGAAGUUUUGCGGGAAGAAGUGCAACGCCGUGCACGCGGAGACGCGGUGUCUGAAGUUCACGGUCGGCCUCCCGGACGACGAGCUCUUCCGCCGCGUGCGCGUCCACCGCGGCGUGUACGGCAAGUGGGAGGACACCGCGCCGAAGGGACACACGCUGUUCCACCUCACCCCCGCGCAGUUCUUCCAAGGCCAGCUCCCCAUCGGACGCGGGCAGGACGCGUACGUCUCGGAAGAUUUCCAUCACGUCGGCGCCGUCGAGGCGUUCAUGAACCCCGACGACCUCCUCGCGCACGCGAACGCGCACUACGCGGAGCGCGCGGGAUACUUCUACGUCCUGCAGAUCGACACGAGCGCGUUGACCGAUAUCAGCGAGAACGGCGGCGAGGAGGCGUAUUCGAUGGACGACGGCGACGAGCACGGCGGCGCCAGGUGCGUGUCCAUCAAAGGGGUCGUCAACGCGGAGGCGAUCCAGAGAAUAUACGUCGCCGCGCGGGAGCGCGAGACGCAUCGGGCGGGGAAGUUCACGGACGUGUCGCCGCCGACGGGGCGGCAGAUGCCGAAGAUUCCGAAGAAGGAGUGA